GCGCUUGUUUGUCCGGCAGGCCGUGAACGCACCGGCAGCAGAUGAGAACCAAUAGGGUUCGACAUCCUGCGGGAGAGAGCCGAGAGGAGCAGAGGGUUGAAGAAGCCGAGCAGCGGAGCACACACUCACCGGCCCCGCAGCACCAGCCUCCGCCACCAAGCCUCCGCCACCAAGCCUCACAGAGGAGUGAAUGAGAGCGCCCGCAUCCACCUCCAGUCCCCGAGUGAACGUGUUUUCCAGCCGGUGUGUCGCAGACGAGCAGCGCAGAUGGACACCAGAGGCCCCACUGAAGAGAAACCUGUCCAGCGAUCAAAGUCCUUCAGCUUCAAGACCCAAAAGGAAGUCUGUACAACAUGUGACAAGACGGUCUACCCAAUGGAGAGAUUAGUUGCCAACAACCUGGUCUUCCAUACGACAUGCUUCUGCUGCAAGCACUGCAAUGCCAAACUCAGCCUUGGCUCCUUUGCAGCUCUUCAAGGUGAAUUCUACUGCAAACCCCACUUCCAACAGCUGUUCAAAAGCAAAGGCAACUAUGACGAGGGCUUUGGGCGCAAACAGCAUAAAGAGCUCUGGUCCGGCAAGGACACAGACAAUAUAACAAAGACGGCAUAAUCAUGUCUCCCUGUGUCCCCCCCUCUGCCUCUUCCUUUGCCUCCUUGUAACUAACACCUCCAGUAAAUCACAGUGAACACAUGCCUCGUAUGCUGGGGCUCUGUUAAAUCACCCACACGCUCACUCGCUUUUUAAAUACCAUCAGAACAGAUACAUGCACAAACAGCUAGGACAAGACUGGCCAGUCUUAAUCCAUACCACUUAAAAAUUUACUUUAGGGAUCUAUUAUGGGUUUGCUAUUAUUGAUAUCUGUAUUUUACUAAUUUUAUUUUCCAAUUUCCUCAUUGAAAUUGGUUGUUGAUUGUGACCAAAAACACUCUCGGGUAUGGGGAGUAUUACGAUAAUAAUAAUACUUUUUAAUUUUUAUUAUUUUUAAUGAUUUGCACCCAUUAAUUUUUAAAUAUAUGAAUUGUAUGCUCAGGCAAACAUAUCAGAGGGGUUACGGCGCAUCUAUGUUUUGCAGUCGAGCAUACACUCAGGUCAAUUUUCACCCAAGGAUUUAAAAAGAUAGUGAACAUUUCAUCAUGUUAGCAAAACACAAAUCAAAAUAAUAGUCCUCGGUAUAGUGACUUUGCUGUGACAGUUUUGUCAGUUUGUCAGGUUUCAUAUAUUUGAGGAACAAACAGGGUACAGAGUACUGUAACAUAACCGCACACAUCAGCAACAGCUCACCUCUCGUUUUUAUUUUUUAUUUCACUUUUAUUGUUCGCAUCAUCCCAUCGUUGUUAUCUUAAUGAACGUAUUGAGUCUUAUCGUUGCAUGUUGGUAUGACUGAGUCUUAAUAGCCUUAUCUUACGACUGUAUCAAUCUUUUGUGUUGUGAAUGAUUUUGUCUCAUUGAUGCAUAGCAGACCACUUUUUAAAAUUUUUUAGAAAGCACUUGAGUUUGGAUUUGAUGUCAUGGCAUAAGUUGAUCCUCUCUGAGCUUUUACCCUCGAGAUUCUUCUGGAAUUCUCUUAUUGUGUUUUGUAUACUAUCUGUACAUAGAGCUGUAGUUUGUGAUUAGUGAACAUUCCCUGUCAUGCCGUACUCUAGUCUUGCACAUACGACCACGUGUGAUCACCAGAUAAGAUGCUGAUAAUCGCAGGGAGCUGUCGUCCGUAAACAUUCUUCUCUUCAUCGUAUGAAACAUUUUAAAAGGAGCUGUAAACGCGGUUAAAUUUAACUUCAAUUACAGUUCUGUGCUACAAAUGUGGAUGUUGAUGGAUGGAGCUUAAUCUUUGCAAGAAACCACACAGAUUUGUUCCUUUAUUACUUCACACUCAGUUCUUGGCAUCUUCUGAUGAUUUCCCCUCUUGCUGUAUUUGAGUGUGUUCCUAUAAUGUGCCAGUUUUUAAGGAGGACAUAGACACGCCCACUUGAACAUCCAUUGUUAUUUGUUCCCCCCCAGUCGAACCCCUUAAGCGUGGGCAGGUGUCCUUUUUAAAUAAAUGCCUUCCUGCUCUCAA